AAAAUGAAUGAAAAAAAUUAGACACUGUUUUGAUUUUAGCUCGAUCAUCUGGUUCUUUUCCCGGCAUCCAAACAGAAAAAUAUUAAGUUCAUUUCGUAAAUUUUGCUGCAUAAUGACAUUAAUCCGAGAUUCAUGAAUGUUUGAAAUGGCUCUGGAGACAUUCUAUGAUCCCAAUUACAAUUUGGCAGCAGAAAAUGCAGCCUUUCUGCAAUCUUCAAGCUCUGAUAACUUACCCGAAGAAUACGAGCAAUACCAGGCUGCUGCUGCUUCUCUUUUGAAUGCUUCCCAAAGCUUGCCUGGUUCUAGUUCUAGAAUUUCAAAUCUUAAUGUGGGCAUAAUCCCUGGAGACACAAACCGAGCUAUAGUGCCGAAUGCCGGGGCAAGUUCUUCAGUUACAGAUGCUGCCUUUGCGUUUUCGGAGGGUCUUAACAUGCAUAGAAGUGCCGUUUUCAUUGUACAUUCUGACCCUAAUUUAUCUAUGACUGUUGAUGGUGCCUUCAUUGCACAGCAGGACUCUCAUUUACGACCCAAAAGGCCUCAGGUGGCUAAGAAAAACCAACAGGAGCAAAAGGGUUUUGCUACUACGUCACGUCCUGGGUCACAGAAGCACCAAAAUCCACUUCCUAGUGGCGUAAAACAAGACCCCAUUAAUGUGACCAAGAGGUAUAAGAAACCAAGAUUGGACGUCAGUGGACGGUCCAUCCCAGACCAGUACAUUUCCCAGCAGUUGGGGCCGAGUCAGGAGACUGCGCAGUUGCAAAUACGCAGUCCUACCCAUCAGCUACCGGGGUUGAUUCAGCACCAUAUGAACCCGAGCGUGAACGAACAGAGGGUUUCAGAUUCUGUUCCACCACCACAAUUGCAUAGUGUUUUCGUGCAACAGCAGAAUCAACAAAUGAGGAACCAGCACCAGCAGCAGCCCGGGGUGCAUCAAGUGUCUAAUUCUCAGCAAUUUGACGAAGGUGCGUGUACUCGGCGGCUAAUGCAGUACAUACAUCACCUGCGACAUCAGCCACUUGACAAUAGUAUAUCGUAUUGGAGGGAAUUUGUCGCUGAGUACUUUGCUCCGGGUGCUAAGAAAAGGUGGUGCGUGUCUUUGUAUGAUAAAGUCGGACUUGAAGCCAUGAGUAUUUUCCGCAAUGCACCAAUGGAUGGAUGGCAGUGUGACAUGUGUGGUUGUGGAUCAGGAAGGGGAUUUGAGGCAAACUUUGAAGUACUUCCAAGGCUUAAUAAAUUGGCAUUUGAGAGUGGCGUGAUUGACGAACUCUUAUUCCUUGAUUUACCUCAAGAGUAUAGAUUUCCUUCUGGAAUAAGGAUGCUAAAAUGUGGGAAGGCAGUUCAAGAAAGUGUGCAUGAGAAUCUUCGUGUUGUCCAUCAGGGUCAACUUCGUAUUGUUUUCACUCACGAUUUGAAGAUAUUGUCCUGGGAGUUUUGCGCAAGCUGGCAUGAAGUAUUUCUGCCGCGAAGCUUGGUUGUGUCUCAGGUGGUUCAUGCUACACAGAAGUAUCAAAGUUCCAUUAAUCAUAACGGGUCUAAUGGGUCUCUACCUCAGUUUUUAAAAGCAAAUGGCAAUCAGAUCCAGGAAGCCGGGUGUUGGCUUGCAAAUGCUUUGGAUUUACAGUCGGUGGAUAAUUUGGGGUUUUCAAAGAGAUAUACCCGAUGCUUGCAGAUGGCUGAGAUUGUGCACAGCCUGAAAGAUUUAAUGAAUUUCUCCCAGAAUAAUCAUAUAGGCCCAAUUGAGAGCUUGAAGAAUUACUGCCAAGAUAUUGUUACAUCCAAGCUGCAAAGGGCGGAAUUACAAGGAAAACGGCACUUGCAGAGUCAAAAUCUCCCGAAAGAGAUGUCGAUGCCUGUAUUUCCUGUUGUUGGCAUUAAUACUAGCGGUGGCUCAGAUAUGGCGAGGGAAAGUAUAACCGCGUCAGGACUGACAGCUUCCACACUGCCCGAUUACAAUCAUAAAUUGGCAUAUCAGGGUCCCAAAAUCUCGAGUACAAGUUUAACUAAUAAUUUCAAAGUCAAUGGCUUGUCAAGUUCUCAGUGCGGUCAGACUACAGAGCACAUGAUCCAAAAGCUUCUGCAGGAGAUGCUUAAUAGUAGGACAGUGAAUGAAGUUGAGAGGCCAGUUACAAACUUGCCUACAGUAAUGUACAAUAGCCCAGAAGCCGUGUCGGUCCAAGGAAACUCGUUGGGGAGGACUAGUAACUCGUGGGUUGCCAACAAUGUGAACUUUUCUGAGUCUAUGGCGAGCGGUCCUUCAUCAUGGGAGCGCCAGAUUUGACUGGAAAUCUUCGUUUGCGACAAGUAAUCUUUUUCGGCUCAUGGAUAUGCAUGGAAGCAGUCAGUUUGUGGCUAUGGUGGUUAUGGUGAAGAGACGUGGCUAACGCCCUAUUUGGUGAGCUUGUGAUCAGAUGCUGGCAAGUUGAUACAGUUUAUAUAUGCCAGGAGUCCUGAUACAGACUAUAACUCGGGUGUUUCUGUCGACAUUUUACUUGAUAUGGUUAUUGAACCUUAGAAGUGAUUUUGAAUGGAAAGUCAAUAGCAGGUUUAGGGAAGCUCUAUACAUGAUGAAUUGCAAAAAUAUUAAAUCUGGAAUGUUAACCUAAGACAGAUUUUUGCAUAUAUAUAUAUAUAUAUAUAUAUAUACACACCCAAUUACACGUCUCAUUGAACGUGUCAAGUCUCUUUCUGGCUUUAGUUGCUUCUGACAAUCUGAAUUGCUGGCUUUUGUUUUUCCCAUGAAGUCACUUGGAUAUACCAUAAAAAAGGUCUUGAGGACUUUUUAGGGGUAAAAAAAAAACCCAAAUUACUCGUGUAAUUUUUAGAACACCCAAAUUUCUAUGUCAAUGUCAAAAUUUAGCAAUUGGAUACAAAAUCAUUCUUCCAUUAAAUCAAUGUUAA